AUGAAAAUUUUAAGUACGUUUAUUAUUUUUUGUUCAAUUGCUACAAGCUUUUUAUAUGCACAAGACUCUUCAGAUUGCCCAGUCCCUUGUGGAGGAGGAGAAGUAGACUUAUAUAGAUAUGCUGGCAAAUGGCGUGAUUAUCAACAAAGUCGCAACAACAUAUUCCAUUUUGGGAUCUUUCCGACGUCAUACUGGUAUAAGCCUGUAAAUGGUACUUCAACAGCUGUCGUAACAUCUUAUUCAACAAUAAAAAAAGAGUACGAUACAACAAUUCUUGCGGACGCCUUCAAUAAUGGUCACAAUUUAGGAAUGAAUUUUGAAUUACCUGUUUUGGGUAAUUUGUAUCGUGAAUAUUACAUACGUACGGAUUAUGAUAAUUAUUCGCUUGCAUGGAAUUGUGUUAAAGAAAACAACACACGUGUGUUGUACGCCAACGUAUUUCUGAGAGGUGAUGAACCUAAAGUCGACAUAGAAGAAAUUAAACGACGUGUAUUUGGAGAAAUGGGGAUGGAAGUUCCUCUUAUGGAUCAAGUUGAUCGAAGAGGUUGUCCGCCUUUUUCUGAACGAUCACUUCUUUAA